UUAUCUAUUAACAAACGGCAAACUAUCAAGAUUUAGAGAAUGCAGAUUGCAGAUUGGUGGUAUUACAAUGAAAUGAAAUAAACUGAAAUUCGCAACUUCGCGCAGAGAAUAAAUAAUAAAGAGAAGUAAAAAUGUCUGUGCCAAGGACACAAUUGAGAAAUUAAUGUUUAUCUCGCUAAGACGCCUCAAUUUUACACCGUGCAUUUUGUUUUAACGCUGAAGAAUGACUACCUCGUCAGAAGAUGUGUUGCUUAGUGUAAACCAUGUGCGUUAUAAAAAGGGCGAUGGGACAUUGUAUGUAAUGAAUCAAAGACUAGCCUGGAUGCUUGAAAAUCGAGACACCGUUGCUGUAUCUCAUAAAUAUGCUGAUAUUAAAACUCAAAAAAUAUCUCCUGCUGGUAAACCAAAAGUGCAAUUACAAGUGGUAUUGCAUGAUGGCACUUGUUCAACUUUUCAUUUUGUUAACUCUGCUGGAGCAGAAGCACAGGCUAAAGACAGGGAUAAAGUCAAGAUGUUGUUACAGAAUCUUCUUCCUAAAUUUAAGAGACAAAUAGAUGGAGAAUUAGAAAUGAAAUCUAGGUUAUUAUCAUUACAUCCUAUUUUGAAGCAUUUAUAUGAAGACUUAGUUAUAUCGAAAGUUAUUAAUAGUGAAGAAUACUGGAAUACACCAACAUUAAAACACUAUACAGAAUCUACUAAUUUGAAGCAAGAAGCUGGUGUAUCAGGAGCAUUUUUAGCAGAUAUUCAGCCACAAACUGAUGGCUGUAAUGGUCUUAAAUACAAUCUCACACAAGAUAUUAUAGAUGCAAUAUUUAAAACAUACCCGGCUGUGAGGAAGAAACAUGUAGAUUAUGUUCCUAAUAAAAUGACUGAGGCCGAGUUUUGGACUAAGUUUUUUCAAUCACAUUAUUUUCAUAGGGAUCGUAUAGCAUCAUCAUCAAGUAAAGAUCUGUUUGGAGAGUGUGCCAAAAUGGAUGAUCACGCGAUCGCGUCCGCAAUGAAACACACUACCUUAGAUCUCACAGUUGAUUUAGCACACUUUGCAGAACCAGUUCCCCUAUUACCUGAUGAUGAAUACACAGAAAAAGAAAAGGACAGUAAUUCCAUUCAUCGCAGCAUGAUAAAACGGUUUAACCAACACUCAAUUAUGGUGCUUAAAGCUAGUCACAAAAGUUCAAGCAGUAGUAACAAUAAAUCAACAAAUAAUAACAAAGUUGAAAACGGCGUUAAAGAGGCAAACGGCAUAGACAAGCGAUCAACGGAUGAGAGUGAACCCGUAGACAAGAAAAGGAGGAUGUUAGAAAAAAUUAAAUAUGAAGACUUGGACGAUGAGGAUGAUAGUAAUCGUGCGCCGGAGUUGAAAUUGUCUAAGGUAGAACGGUAUUUAUUAGGUCCAUCUUCACAAGUAACACAAUCUACAUCAAGUAGUAAUAACCCACCGCCACUAUCAGCGUUGUCGUCUAUAUGUCAGGCGUGGUCAAACGGCCAGCAAUGCCUGCGUCCAUUUCGUGUAAGUGCUGCGGCGGCAGUAGGGGCUUUGGGAGAACUCAGCCCCGGAGGCGCCCUUAUGAGGCAACACCACGCUGCAUCUAUGGCUCAGUUAAUACCAUCGGACAUAAAAUUAGAAUUACACCGUAUAUACUACUCGGGCGGGGAGUUACUCCGGGAACUCUGGCGAUGUUUCCCUCAACCCGGCGGCGGCGCAGAUACAGAGGAUAAUGCGGCGAAGGCAGAAAAAUUCUAUGAAGCGUUACUACGAUUUAGAAACGUCAAAUUGCGGCCGUUUGAGGAAAAAAUGCUCCGUGACCUUACACCACUAGCGACAUCUUUAACGCGACAUAUGAACCAAAUGAUAGACGCGGCCUGUUCCAAAUACGCCCUUUGGCAACAAAGACAAGCGAAACAUAGAUAGUACAUGCACAAAAUUAAAUUCUAAUACAGGGUGGUCGCUAUUGUAUCAAAAAAUAUGCUGAUUCAAUAAAGAGUUUAUGAAAAAUUUUGUUUCGAAAUAAAUUUGCAGCUUUUUAAACAUACCACACAUGUUAAAACGUGCAUUUAAAAUUACUUAUGCCAUGUUUUUGAAAAGUAAAAAAAAUAAAAAUUAACUAAUGCAAUGUCAAUACUUAUGUCAAAAUUGUGUUAAAAACGCGAAUUCUUUACAGUGUCAGUUAAGACUUGCAAAUAAAUAAUGCAACUACCUAAUCUUUCUGAAAUAUUUAUUUAAUACUAGCGGUUAGUUCCGGUUUCUCACGGAUGGCCAAUUUCUUUCUAAUUAUGAAAGAUUUUUGACGUGAUAACGUCUUUAAAAUCGUUUUAGUCGGGUGACAUGUUCAGAAACUUGUGUCACACCAAAACCUCACGAGCGCGAUCGCAGGUAUAACGAGAGAGAGACGGACCGAUCUCCCGUCUCAUCUUGAGCGCUGCCAGUCAUUCCGUGAAACUUGUCACGCGGAAUCCUCACGAGCGGAGGCUGGCAUAGCGUUCGAGUGAGUGGACCGAUCUUCCGUGAAUAAAACCAUAGAUGUAAUUUAAAAUUUGAAAAAAUUGUUAUCUUCAUUAAUUCCUUACUUCCCAAAAACUUAUAUCACCAAUAAGACGUUAUCACGUAAACAUCUCGAUCGUAAACCUACUUUACAAACAACCAAUAUUUUUGCAAUUGAUGAGUUUGAGUUCAUUCGUUACAAAAGUACAAAUCUUUCCUUUUCUCUUUUCCUUCAUUGUAUGAGUUUAGACGAAGAAUCUAACGGUCUUUGUUUUAAACGGUGUUGCUAUAAUCCAAAAUUGUUUUUUUCAUUUAACAUUUCAGUAUCACGAAUUGAUUUGACAUAUAAGUUAACAAUGUCAGCUGAUCUGAAAAUUGACAUGACGCUUGACAUGGCGAAUUCUAUUUAAUAUACCUCUUAGUACAUAUUUAUUUUACUACUUUUAAAAAGUUUGUGUUCCUACGUCAUAGUCAAGAAUUUAUUCACAACCCAUACUUAUAGGUACUAGCUUGGUCGAAUAUUUUAAUAUUUGUAAAACAUUGAAUUUGUAAAUAAUUCGACAAUAACUCCUAGAUGUAAGCAGAAGUCAAAAUUAAUUGUUACCAUUGGCUAUACUAAAUUUAGUUUAACAUCUUUUAAACGCAUUUUAUUGGUUUUUAUAAAUAAUAUGAGCAAUAUUUUAAGGAUAUUUACAUGUAAUAUUAUCUGUUCUAAAAAUCCCAAUUUUGUUAUACUAACAGUGCGUAAUAAAUAAACCCGUAUACCUAUAAAGAGAUACCUUUCUUAAACUGUAAUUGUACCAAUGUUUUGAAAUACCUAAUAUGUAACAAAAUUUAUGUGAAUAGUUAUAUAACAGUUGCUCAACAACUGCUCAAAAGCCUUAAACACUACCUUACUGAACGACUAUAAAUAUUUAUUUUUCAAGAAUUUAUAGUUUAUGUUGCUUGUUAAGUGAGCAUUCAAAGUCGAGACUUACUUUUAAGUACGACUCCUGUGUGUCAAAAACUCAUUAGGUUUUAUUGUACGGGAGAAUCUUAAUUUACACUUAUAGAUUACGGCUGAUUAUAUAACCCUUAAAACCGUUGAAAAAUAUUAAAUUCAACUUUACAUGUUUACGUAACUCAAUCAUAGAUGGCGUGCAAUGCAUUUAUAAUAUUAAAACCUACAUAGGAAACAGAAACCUAAAGUGAUGACUUUAUUGUAACAUAUUCUCUAAAAUUAGUUUUAGUGAGACUGGAAAUGUAUAAAUAAAUUUUUUGUA